AUGUCUGUACCAAAUAAGUCUCUUGAUAAAAACAAGCGUUAUGCUGGUGUCAAAGCUAAUGAUUUUGUAAACAAAACUCGAGCUAAUGAAACUAAUCGAUCUGCACCUCGUCCUCAAGGGUGGGCAAAUUUAGGAAAAAUCAAUAGUCGUCGUGUACCACCACCGGCUAAUUUACCGAGUUUAAAAAGCGAAACAGGUGUUAAUUCACCAACAUUUGAUCCAACUGUAACAACAAAUCAUGGUUGGACAUCAAAUGAUAAUCAACCAUCAAUCAAUCCUAUAAUUCAUCCAACACAACAACAACUAGAUUCGCUACCAGUUAAUUCACCAACACCACCACCGCCAUUAUCGCAACCACAACCAUUAAUGGAUAUUGAUAAACCUCGUAUAGCACCAACAUGGAGUACUGUAACAUCUGGUACAAAUCCAAAUGAAAAAAUACCAAGUUUAUUACCACUGAAUGAUUUCCCUCGUUUAGCAACAACACCAGAUCGAAAACAUCAGCCCGAAUCAAUAACCAACAUGCAAAACCCUAGUUUUCGACCGGCGAAUUUAUCUACAUGGAAAGAAGGUGGUAGUAGUCGUGUACAUGAUAUGCCACAAAUGAUACCGAACAAUCCUGGUGCUAAUCUAUAUCAACAAACCAUGUCAAAUCCAAAUAUGAGAAUGUAUCCACCACAAAUGUGGACAUAUAGUCCAUAUACACCAGUAUCGUUACCUAUGCAUCAUCAUCAUCAUCAUCAUCAACAGCAGCAGCAGCAGCAACAACAUAUGAAUGCGAUGCAUGAUUAUAAAACACCAACUAUUUUAAGAAAUAAAGAUAUUGAUGAUUUAUCAAAAUUAACCGAUAAUACAUGGGCAACUACAACUCAGGAAGUUAAUUAUCAAGAAAAAAUUCGUUUUAGUGACGAUGAAGAUGAUAAUAAUAAUAAUCGUAUAGAAAUCUUAGAAUCAAAAAAUAAACCAUGCCGAAUGAAUCCGCAAGUACUACAACAUUCGCGUUUGAUUCACGAUGACGAACAUGUUAAGCAAAUGCAAGAUAAUAAAAAUUCAGAAUUAAUUAAUGCAUUAAAUAUAGCUAAACAACGCCGCGAUGAACAAGAACGUAAUCUUAAACAUGAACAAUCGAUUACACAUAAUGAUGAACAAAAACAAAUACCCGGAUAUCAAACACGCCCAUUAAUAAGUUCAAACGAACAAGAAAAUCAUAAUUCGUCAACAUCGUGGCAAAAAAAUAAAGAUACAUCUCGUACUCGGCAUGAUACAGCUAAUAGUCAAUCAUCAUUUGCAAUGAAAAGCUGGUCUGAUCAAAUGGAUUCAUUUAACUAUUCAUCAUUGCAUGACAAAUCUCGUGGACGUGUGGAAAACGAGGAUCCGUCUACAACAAAUAAAUACAGUCGUUCUCAAAGUGAAGCCAGUACACCUUCCCAACAAAAUAACGAAUCUCUAUCAAGAAAACCGAAAAAAUUUCCAUUAUCAUCUAAAAAACAGCAACAUCCACAACAGAAGAUAAAUAUAUUACAAUCGAAAACAUCAACAAAAAAACCACCUAGACUUGAUAAUCAGCAAAUAACUUCAAAUGAACAAUGGGAAAAUUGGGAAGACUCGGUAGAUAAUAAUCGUUAUCAACAAUAUCCAAAUGAUAAUCGUCGUCAACAACAACAACAGCAGCAGCAGCAACAACAGCAACAACAACAACAAUUACAUUCAGAUAGUCUUUCAUCACAAAAACCAAAUCGUUUUAAUAAACCAAUAUCAGCAAAAACACGUAACAAUGAACGACAACAAACAAUAGAUUCACGUACAAAACCAUCAACAUCUUCAUCAUCAAAUAAAAAUCCUAAAACUCAAACAGAAUGGCGUCCAUUGUCACCAAAUCGAUCAAUCGAAGUCGUUGACCCAACACUACAAGAAUCUAUGUCAUAUAAAUCUCAACAACGAACAAAUCUAAAUGAACAUAAACAACGAUAUCAAACGCCAACAUCUCUUAUAGAUGCAUCAUCUAUCCCACCAUUGAUGAGCGUACGAUCCGAUGCGACCACAACAGCUAAUCUAUAUAAAACAGCAAAUCAUAAUGUUUCAUCGCAUUACGACGAUGAAAAUAUGUAUUAUGAUACAAAUUUAGAAAUGCAUCAAAAUUAUCAUCACAUUAAUAUACAUAAUCGUGGUUACACUGCAUUAGGUUCCUAUGGACGUUAUAGACGAAGCGGGGCAGUUCGUCAUCAACAACAAUAUCCAUCGUAUAAUGUAAACAAUACAUCUGGCAUAUCUUCAGCACCUACAACAAGUUCUGGUACACGUCAAAAGAAAUAUAUGGCGAAUAAAAUAAAUAAUAAUCAUAAUAAAAAAUCUAACAAGACAUCUGAACAAACUAAAAUAGCAAACGAAGAAAUAUCAGUAACAAAACCUAUUGAAACACCUGUGUUAUCAUCUACAAAUGAAGUAUUAACAAAAGAUAUUGUCAAGUCAAAUGAUACAUCUGAACAAAAGCAUUCAGUAAAAAAUGAUAACGAAUCCGCUAUUGUCUCACAAACAGAAAAUGAGUCAAUUAAAACAAAUAAAAAGCCUACAGUAGUUACAUCUUCAAAUCCAAAAAGAACUACAAAUAAAAAUCAACAAACCUAUCAUCAAGAUCAACGAUAUCAAAAUCAACAAGCUCCAAGACACAGAAAUAAUUAUGCAAGAUCAAUGCAAGAAUAUGACACCAUGCAAAUGGCUGCUACACAUAAUUACUAUGGUACAGCUCAUCGAUCAGCAAAUAAUGUUCGUAAUUCACAUAUGCAUGAUCUAUCAAGUGGCUACUACUAUGAACAUCCCAAACAACACUAUAAUAAUCGAUAUAAUUAUGCAAAUGAACAUUAUCAACAACAACGACCCACAAAUAAAAAUUCAAAGCGCGGUGGUACUUCAACAAUAAAUAAUCGACAACCAACUAAUGGAACUAAUAAUACGAAUAAUAAUCGCCAUCAUUCAACUAGUGAUAAUGAUCUAAAAGAAGGCGAAGAAUGGGAAACAGCAUCAGAAUCAAGUACAAAUAUGCGUAAUGAUUCUUAUGAUACAAAUGCAAUAAAUUCUGAACAAACAAAUGAAACGAAGUCAUCAACUCAUCGUGGAAGAACACCACCUAAGAAAAGCUUUUCCAGUCAAAGGCCCAAUGCGCGUCAGAUUUUCAAAUAUACGAAUGCAUGA